AGGUAUUGAAUGGUAUCUUCCAUGUUCCUCAAAAACAUAUGAUAGAGGAAAAGUUGGCUUGUGGAAAUUUUCCUAAUGGAAAAAGUAUUCUUCUUUGGAAAAUGUUUCAUUUUCCACGAGACAAACAAAACCAAGCGUUUUCUACGUAGUCAUCGUCCAACUCAGUCUUCCUUCUUCCUCCACCUCCAUGGCUACUCCGCCAGUCGUACCGACCGCCGCCGCCGCCUCCUUCACCCCAGUAUUCAUCAACACUGCAACUCUCCGAUCCAUCCUUACACACAAAUCGCUAAUCCACCACUUCCGCGCGUCUCUUCCCACAGUCACUUCCAGUCUCCACUCCCCACCUCGCCAAAACUACGCCCUUUCCCCCUCUUCCUCUCUCCUCCUCAUGCCCUCUUGGUCUUCCUCCUCCUCCUUCCCCUACCUCGGUGUCAAACUCGUCACCUACUUCCCCCAGAACUCCACCCUUGAAUUACCGGGAGUGCACGGGAGCUACGUCCUGUUCGAUUCUCGAACUGGGCAAACCCUAGCUUCCAUGGAUGGCACUGAACUGACUCUGUGGAGAACUUCUUGCGUGUCCGGUUUGGCUUCCGAGAUUUUGGCCAGAAACGAUGUGGGGGUUCUCGUGAUGAUUGGUUCGGGCGCUCUAGCCCCUCAUCUGAUCAAAGCCCAUCUCACAGCAAAACCCAGUUUGAGAAGAGUGAUAAUUUGGAAUAGAACAGUGGAAAAGGCGAGAAAAUUGGCCCAAGAGCUGGAAAACGAAGGAAAGUUUGAGGGUGUUUGUUUUGAGAGCACUGAGUGUUUGGAGGAAGUGGUGGGCAUGGGCGAUAUUGUGAGCUGCGCCACGAAUUCUGAGAGCCCUCUGGUCAACGGCGCAAGGUUGAAGGCUGGGGCGCAUCUGGAUUUAGUCGGGUCGUUCAGGCAUUCAAUGAGGGAGUGUGAUGAUGAAGCAAUAAAGAGGGGGAGAGUUUUCAUCGAUAACGAAAUGGCAUUGGAGGAGGCAGGAGAGCUGGUGGGUGCUUUUGAAAGGGGAGUGAUUGGGAAGGGAGAAAUUGGGGGUAAUUUGGUGGAAUUGAUAAUAGGGGAGAAGGUUGGGAGGAGGGAUUCAGAGGAGGUGACAGUGUUCAAAUCAGUUGGGUCUGCAGUUGUAGAUAUUCUGAGUGCUCAACUGGUAUAUGAGACUUACAUCAAAAAUGGAGGUGGACUCUAAGCCUCACCAUGGGGCUUGGCUUACAUCUAUUGGAAUUUGGAAGUAGCUGAGGUUGUGGUUUCUUGGAUGGUGUUGUACUAUUCAACUUGUUUCUUAGUUCAUAUCAUUAUAUGCAUAUUUUGAUCCUUUCUGAUGGGAUGUAAUAACUCUGUCCUUAAACCCAAGAUGGAUUAUCCAAAUGACGACCCUUUGAGAAACGUCUUAUGAAUGUGAUAUCUAAUGUCAUAAAAGGUUUGGUCUA